UGUGGCAGGACGGCUCUGGCUCGGUUCAGACAGGCUCAGAUGGAGGAGGGGAAGGUCAAGGAGCGGAGACCUUUUCUGGCGUCAGAGUGCAGUGAACUUCCUAAAGCUGAGAAAUGGAGACGGCAGAUCAUCAGUGAGAUCUCAAAGAAAGUCGCUCAGAUCCAGAACGCUGGUCUGGGAGAGUUUAAGAUCCGAGAUCUGAACGAUGAGAUCAACAAGCUGCUGAGAGAGAAAGGUCACUGGGAGGUCCGGAUCCGGGAGCUGGGGGGCCCCGACUACGCCGUAAAUAUACAAAUAUAUACACAUAUAUACUACACAUAUAUACUACACAUAUAUACUACACAUAUAUACUACACAUAUAUAUAUAUAUAUUAGGUCACUGGGAGGUCCGGAUCCGGGAGCUG